AUGGAGCUCAUCGUCGAUCCGCCGCUGCCGUCGGCGGCUCUAAAUGCCCCUCUUCGCGGGAAAGACAACGAGAUGACGGAUGUCAUUCUCCGGGGGAUCGUCGAAGUCUUUCCCCAGACUGCCGAGAUGAAGAGCCUUCUCGCCAAGAGAUUGGAACAGACACACAUUCUUCGCUUCAGUGUCAAGAAGUUCACUUGCUUCGACGAGGCAUCGGCUGUUGCGUUUCUUGCCCUCCAGGAGCAACAACGACGCGAGGAGGAAGAGGCUCGCCGGAGGGUGGAGCUGAAGGAAGAGAUGGAGCGCCAGAAACGCGAAGAAGACUUGAAAAAGUUGAAGCAGCAGAGGAAGAAACAGAGAGACAUCGAAGAGCGAAAGAGAAUGGAAGAGGAAAUGAAGAACCGAGAGGACGACAAUCUCUCCCGCGUUCUUCAAAUGUGCCUAGAAAAUGCGACUCCCGCAGAAACGUCUUUCAGCGGCCUCGCUUUCACUCAGGUCCAAAUCCGCGUCCUCGUUCGCGAGGGCCUCGCUUUCAAUCGAAGCAUUGUUGCGCUUGAUCUCAGCAGGGCCGGCCUCACUGAAGAAGACGGCCCCAGUGUCGCGCAGAUGCUAAAAUCGAACAAAGUCCUCGUUGCUCUGGACUUGGAAGGCAACCAUUUCGGCCUGGCAUCUGCCAAGGCUUUCCGCAAGGCGCUUGAGGAAGGCGGGGAUGCUCUCCUCGACGCUUUGAAUGGAAACAAAACGCUCAUCCAACUGGACGCCUCGUUCAAUGAUUUGAGCGUGGAGUUGCUUCGAGAGCUCCACGAACUCCUCAACCGAAACCAAGCGCUGUUCACGCAAGUGAAAAAACACGAAAAACGUGAAAGGAAAGACAUGCGCCACGAAGAGGAACUGAUGCGGAUCUACCUCAUGCACGCCGAAGCGCGGAGGAUCAUGGUGGAGGGCGCAGAGCGUCGCAGAAUUGCGCGAGAACAGGCCUACGAAGACCGCAAGGCAAUGAUGAGCCGAAAGAAGAAAGGCAAAGGGAAGAAGAAAAAGUAG